AUGCCUGGACGCGGCCAGUCCCCUCCGUCCAGCGCACCGGACAGCGUUCGCUGUGGCUCUGAGUACUCUGAUGAACCUGCCUUCCACCUGUUCCCGCUUCUCCCAACGGAGCUGCACGUCCAGAUCUGGAGGGAAGCCGCCUCGGUCGUCCGGAUGGUUUCUAUGCAGGCGGACACGGUUGAGCAGAGAAGCCGGCGGUUCGCCCGAAGGGGGGUCCGCGAUCCGCAACACGCUCGCGAGAGGGUACCUGCGCUGCUCCACGCCACUCACCAGUCCCGCCAGGUUGGCUUGACUAUCUACAAGCAUCGAUUCGAGAUUGCCCCUUGGAACGGCCGCCUAUGGGAGACAUACAUCCUCGCCGACCAUGACAUUCUCGUCCUCAGCUACGAGGCCUUAAGCAGUCUGGCCGACAGGUGUGAGAUUCAGCACAUGGACCAGUUCCGCCUUCUCGAGUUCGAAAACCCGCUUGCCUGGGCCGCGCUAGUCGGCGCGGCUGGACGCGGAGAGCUGGGUUUUGAAACCUUCGAGGAACUUGCGACGCCGCGGAUCAAGACGCUCUUGCAGUAUUGCGCCGAGCCUCCGGUCAUGUACUGCUUCCGUGGCAACCUUGCGGGUUUAAGGCGGCUCGUUCUCUACAGAAAGGAGACGGAAGAAUGCUGGCCCGGCCUCUACCGCGACCCGGAGGUCUUAGCCAACCUCGACCAGGCUUUUGCAGCCGUCGCGGACAAGGGUCAGAUAACACCGCUGGCUGACGCCACAGUCGGCCCUCUUCCCGAGCGCUACCGCUGCCGGCUUGUCUCCUGCCCGCACCAUCCAGGAGCGUGCAAUGGUGAACGGCUUUCGAUUGGCGUCGCCGGUACGCCUCUCGACCUGGGUCAGUGGUUGAAAGCCUGUUACAUCCAAGAUGUGCUCCGCCGCAGUGUGGGCCUUUUCCAUGGCGGCUUCGGUGACGACCCGGACGUCCAGGACAUGGCCGUGUGGCACUUCUCCGAACCGCCGUACCAGCCGGCUCGACCGAGGGCAGCCACCGAUAAACUCCCCGCCGCCAAUGAGCACCCGUGUGCGGGUGCCUUGCGGUCUCUCGCUUAUGGCGUGGCCUGGCAAAUGGCCACGAUUUACACGAGCUAUUGCAACUGGGCUGUACCUUGUCAACGGCGUUAUCCGGAUGACCCUCGACGGUAUAUCCGGAUCACUUCGGAGGAGGUUGAGGGAGGUCUCCCGGAGCUGGACAGAACGCCAGACUGCGGACCUUGCCGGCUCACGAGGCCCGGGAGCCAAUAUAUCGUCGUAGGUUCUCACCAAUUUUAA